AUGCUACGCCGCUUCGCCAUUAACACCAGAGCACUCUCCACCCUCAGACUCAACUCGAGGGCACCCAACUUCACCGCUGCCUCCACAGUGGGUCCCCUCAACUUGCACGAGUACUUGGGCGAUUCGUGGGGCAUCUUAUUCUCGCAUCCAGCAGACUUCACACCCGUGUGCACCACUGAGAUGGGGGCCUUUGCUCAAUUGAAGCCUGAAUUCGACAAGAGGAACGUCAAAUUGGUCGGUCUAUCCCUGGAGAGCGUUGAGUCCCAUGAUAAGUGGAUCAAGGACAUCCAGGAGGUGGCCAAAUUACCCUCGAAGCAACCUUUCCCCUUCCCCAUCAUUGGGGAUGUGGACAAGAAGGUAUCAUUGCUCUACGAUAUGAUCGAUGAGGUCAAUUACGCCAAGUUGCAAGCAGGGGAAGGGGACGUGGCCACUAUCAGGUCUGUGUUCGUCAUUGAUCCCACCAAGAAGAUCAGAUUGUCCCUGAGCUACCCGGGAUCUGUCGGCAGAAACACCACUGAGGUAUUGAGAGUCGUGGAUGCUCUACAAUUGAACGAUCGUCGUGGUACUGUCACCCCAGCGAACUGGUCCGCCAACGACGACGUGAUCAUCCCACCGGGUCUCUCGGACAAGGAGGCCACCGCCAAGUUUGGUGACUUCAAGACCGUCAAAUCCUACUUGCGCUACACCAAGGGCUGA